CAAAUUUCCCAGCUUCCUCUCUAUUGCUGUCCAUCACAACUUCGCAAUCCCACCCAGUCAACCCAUUCCUUAUUUCAAAAACCAUUUUCCCUUUCUCACAACCUUUGAAGGUCAAGCCAAAACCAAAACCAAAAACAAUAAAAAACCAAACCAUCAUCUUGAUUUUUUUGUCCUACUUUCUUCAUUUAGUUAUCCAGUUUAUUUAUGUUUGUUAUCACCAUCAACAACUAUGGUUUCUGUUAUCCCCACUUCUUAACUGGGGCACUGAAAAUUUUCCUCCCAUUACGUAUAAUAAAUGAUCUUUUUACAGUCUUCUCCUUCCAGUUUCAGCUUCCCUCUUGUUCCUCCUCUCUGCCCUUGUAGAACCAAACUCUCCUUCCCACCUAGGAACAGGGACAAGACCCGACUCAUCACAUUCUUUAUCCCAAACCGGAAAUUCUGUCUUCUUGCUUGCGCAAUUCCCACUCUAAAUCCCAACAAGCUUAAUUUAAGGGUGGCUAGAAACCUUGUAGCCAAAGGUUUUUCAAAUGAGUUUGUGGAUGGGGAAAGUCAAGAAUCUUCCAUCCAAAUGGGCUCUAAUUUCACUAAUUUGCAACAAGACCCCAUUGUUGACAAGUUGAGGACCCAGCUUGGAGUUAUCCACCCAAUCCCUUCCCCUCCCAUUAACCGUAACAUUGUUGGGUUGUUUGCUUUUUUCUUUUUUGUUGGGGUUGCUUUUGAUAAAAUCUGGACUUCACGGAAAAAGAGGAGCAAAUUGGGGGGUCUAGAUGGGGACGCAGUUAGAGUGGGAGGAGGGGUUUGGCCACAAGUUCCAACCAGUUUUUCAUUGUUCUUGGAAAAGGAUUUGCAGAGGAAAGAGUCAGUCGAGUGGGUUAAUAUGGUGUUGGGGAAGUUGUGGAAAGUUUAUAGAGGAGGGAUUGAGAAUUGGAUCAUUGGGUUGUUACAACCUGUUAUUGAUAAUCUUAAGAAGCCUGAUUAUGUGCAGAGAGUGGAAAUUAAGCAGUUUUCUUUAGGGGAUGAACCUUUGUCUGUUAGGAAUGUUGAGCGUAGGACUUCACGGCGAGUCAACGAUUUGCAGUAUCAGAUAGGACUUCGUUAUACUGGUGGUGCUCGCAUGUUGUUGAUGUUGUCAUUAAAAUUUGGCAUUAUUCCAAUUGUUGUGCCAGUUGGUGUCCGAGAUUUUGAUAUUGAUGGAGAACUUUGGGUUAAAUUGCGAUUGAUACCAACUGAACCUUUUGUUGGAGCUGUUUCAUGGGCUUUUGUUUCACUUCCGAAGAUCAAGUUUGAGUUAUCACCAUUUCGCUUGUUUAACUUAAUGGCAAUUCCAGUUCUGUCGAUGUUUUUGACAAAACUUCUCACUGUGGAUUUGCCUCGACUAUUUGUACGCCCAAAGAAGAUUGUUCUGGAUUUCCAAAAAGGGAAAGCAGUUGGCCCUGUUGCAAAUGAUUUGAAAUCAGAAGAAAUUCAAGAAGAGAAAAACAAGGAUUUUGCUGGAGAACUAUCCGUGACUCUUGUAGAUGCCAGGAAACUUUUUUAUGUUUUUUAUGGAAAAACUGAUCCAUAUGUUGUUCUAAGCCUGGGGGAUCAAGUUAUAUGCAGUAAAAAGAACAGUCAAACUACUGUUAUUGGGCCUCCUGGUGAGCCAAUUUGGAAUCAGGAUUUUCAUUUACUUGUGGCAAACCCUAGAAAAGAAAAACUACAAGUCCAAGUGAAAGACUCCCUUGGGUUCACUUCUUUGACAAUUGGUAUAGGAGAGGUUGAUCUGGGGACUCUCCAGGACACUGUUCCUACAGAUAAGAUUGUGGUCUUGCAAGGAGGUUGGGGAGUGUUCAGAAAGAGAUCUGCUGGAGAAAUAUUACUUCGAUUGACAUAUAAAGCCUAUGUUGAGGAUGAAGAAGAUGACACAACUGUGGCUGGAUCUGUUGAUACUGAUGCUUCAGAUGAUGAAUUGUCUGAUUCUGAUGAAUCAAAUGUGACAUAUCAGCAGGGUUUAAAGCAACUUACAGAUGAAACAGACAAAGAGUCAUUUAUGGAUGUUCUAGCAGCUUUGAUUGUGAGUGAGGAAUUUCAAGGCAUAGUGUCAUCUGAACCGGGGAGCAAAUAUUUUGAUGACAUCUCAAGAACAGGGCCUCCGAAACCAAAAUUAAGUGGUUUUAAUGGGGAAUCUGUGCCAUCAGAUUCUGAUAAUGGUUCUCAAGCAUCUGGAGGAUCAACCUUAUUAUGGUUUGCUGUGAUUACAAGUAUGUUAGUGCUAAUUGCACUCAAUAUCGGUGGCUCAAGUUUCUUCAACCCUUGAUAUCACAUGAUGGGCUAAUGCUUCUGCUUGAUCAAGUUUUAGGCCAUUAUUCUGCAAAUCUCAUAUUGGCUUCCGAAGGAGAUCAACAUUUUUCAUUCCGGUGCUACACCCACACCGAUAUGUAUAUUCAUGAUUGUUAGCAGAGGAGUGUUAGUGUUCCAAUGGCGGCAAGAAAAUAUAUAUAUCUAUUAAUUUAUUUCAUCGAACCAUGAUAGAUGAGAUUUGCCUUGUAUAUCUGUUAAUUGUUCAUAUACCUCCAUAAUAUGUAUCUCAUAAUUUUGGUUGAUUGAAGCGUGAAUCGACCGAGGUAGGUUUUGGUAGCUCGAUUGUGAACAUUAAGACUGCAAUUCCCUUUGGUUUUUGUGAAGAAUCAAUUCUUAUACUCACCUGCUAAAAUAGGCAUAUGCUGGUGGAUGAAAUCCAUAAAAUUAAUUCCAUUUCUUCCAUGGCAACACCAUCUAGCUUCCUUAUUUCCUCUCCUGCCUGUCAUCUGGAAGUUUUCUCAACUUUACUCUUCUUUUCCAUGUUUCUUCGCAGGAAACUUGUCCAUAAGCUAGUUACCGUUAAAGAAAUCAUGAAAAAGGACAGAUGGUAAGUGACUAAGGUGCCGUUUGGCAUAUAGGAAGUGUGCAACGGGAAUUAUUUCCGUUUCAAGCCCCGAUUCUCCAUCAAACCGGGGCCUGUGUGGUCCUUUGGCAACGGUUAUUUUCACCGCGUCACAGAUAUAUAUAUAUAUAUAUAUAUAUUUAUAGUCGUCACAGUUUCAUUUUGUGACUGAAAUUUUAAAAAUUCAAUUAUAAAAUGUCACACAAUGCUACGAAAAUCCUUCUCAACAUGUUGCUAAAACAGCUUAAGCCCUCUUAUUAUGUCAAGGGGGGCUAGGUUGGUAACGUAGAACUGAUUUAAACCCGGUCACGUAUGCUUCAAAAGUCGAAUCACAUAACUCGUAUGC